AUGACGGAGGCGAACGAUUCGUUUUCGCCUCCGUCCCUCACCACACUCUGCAUCGAUCACAUCAAACGGAAACUCGUCCUUGGCGAUGAUGCUGUUGUUGCUAUUCUUCCUGAUAUAUACGAACUUCCGUCGCAUUUAAUUGAGGAUUUAGUCUCGCGUUUACCUCCUGUCGGAUUGUACAAUUUCCAACUUCACAUGCCAUUCCAGGAUCUGACUAAGGAAGAUUAUUUGCAUGACGACUCAACAAACAAGAGAAAACGUUCCAGGGAUUGGAAUCUAAAUACAGCAUGGCGGAAGAAGUUUGAGUUGCGAUGGCCUAAUCUCAUUAAUCAGAUCCAACCAACCGACUGGCAGAAAGUAUACUGGGAGACCCAUGUGCAAAAAUGUCUGGAUCAAGCAACAGAGAAAGCACUAGUCACAUCUUUUAAAGGACGUAUUGGCGACAUACAGGUUUCAGACAGCACACUGAGCUAUAUUGGUUUUGUGGGACUUACAAUUCAGUCAUAUUGUAAAUAUUCAAAACUUUCUUACCAUUGCCUACAAUUUGGCAGCCAUGUGAGUUGUCUGAGACUGCAGAAUAUUCUGUGCGAUACAGAAACUACUCGUUUGUUGAAGGAAUGCAAGCUGCAGUGUCUUGUGCUAAGAUGUAUCCGAUCUAAGGAACAAGUUGAUGGAUUAUGCAAACUUAUCACUCAACAUAGCAGAACAUUAACGUCGCUGGAGUUUAUUCACUGCACAGUCUACAUAGAAUUUAUUAAUAAAAUACUUGAUUCUGUUGUCUCAAAGGGUGUAGAAAAACAUGGGAUCAGACACCUCUCAAUCGUCUCCUCGAGUUUUGGACAAUGCACUGUUGCUUUACCCAGUGGGCUUGGAUCAUUUGUGUCUUCAGCAAGGUCCCUGUGCUCAUUAAAAUUAUUUGACAGUCACCUUGGACGGAAUUUUGCCAAAGCUCUUUUCACGACUCUUCUCAAUGUUUCCUCUAGCAUAUCUGUCCUUGACCUUUCUGAGAAUGAAAUAGCAGGAUGCUUUUCUCACCUUAACAGGAGACUAUCAAGUGGUUCUCAUUUGUCUGUUGGAAUUGGAAAGUCUUUACAACUGUUGCGCGUACUCAACCUGAGGGGGAACAGUUUACGGAAAGACGAUGCAGAAAGUCUUGGAUAUGCUCUUGCAUACAUGCCUAACUUGGAGGACCUAGAUAUAAGUGACAAUCCAAUUGAGGAUGAAGGAAUCAGGCAUUUAAUCCCAUAUUUUGCUGGAACAUCUGGAACAUGCUGCCGUGUGACUUCUUUGAAACUAGAGGCUUGUGACUUGUCCCAUGAUGGAGUUAAUCGUCUUCUUGAUUCCUUUUCUCCCCUCAAUGCACCAUUGAAGUCUCUUUGCAUUGCUGAAAAUUACCUUGGAAGCAAGGUAGCAGGAGCUUUGGGAAGAUUUUUGAGCACGUCUAUUGAAGUACUAGAUGUUGCAGGCAUUGAUUUGCGUUCAGCUGGUUUUCAAGAGCUUCAAAGUACACUGAUAAUAACGGAGAAGCUUAAGUUGGUGAAAAUUAAUAUAAGCAAAAACCGUGGUGGGAUUGAAACUGCCAAUUUUUUGUCAAAACUCUUGUUACAGGCUCCGCAACUAGUUGAUGUGAAUGCAGCAAAUAAUUCCAUGCCUAUUGAAUCACUGCCCAUCAUCUCCUCUGCAUUAAAGCUUGCAAAAGGUAAGGUUCAGCAAUUGGACUUGACAGGACAUAAAUGGGACUACACGCCAGAGCAUGCUUCUCUACUCACUGAAUUUGUCCAUAAUGGAAAGCCUGUAUUGAUCCUUCCAUUAUUAUUAGCCACUGCUGUUCCUUAUGACCAUGAUCCUUAG